CACUGAAGAUGGCAGCGGGCAGUGCGGACCCCUCGCUCAAGAAUGAAUUUACGCCCAACAUCAGGAGACACACGGCAAUGCAGUACAAGGGGAUCCGCUACGCUGAAUCCCCCCACAACCUCUCGUUUAGCCGAGCCAGACUAUACCAACUAUUUGAUGACGUCAUGAGCAGCACCAUGCCGCCAAGACCAGAAGUGACAUACAACUGGGUCAACAUCACCUCAGAAUUCUUCCAUGCAACAAAAGACUUGCAGCUGGGAGAACUUCUGCACGAUGACAUAUUUGGGCUGUUCGAGGCCAUGUCCGCGAUCGAGAUGAUGGACCCCAAGAUGGAUGCUGGGAUGAUGUGCAAUAGAGGGAAGAAGGUCCUAAACUUUGAUCAAGCUGUAAAAGCUGGCGCACUGAAACUCAACAACCUCACCAUGGAGGAACUCGUUGGGAUAAUGGACUCCAUGCUGGCCUGCCUCGUGACCUGGUUGGAGGGUCACUCAGCCGCUCAAACCAUCCUUACCUGCCUGUACCUGCACAAGCCUCUCAGCAUUGAAGACCGAGCACUGAGAGCGUUUUCAAUACAGACGCUGAAACUCAUUGCUAUCAUAAACAACGUGGUUCACAGCGCUGGUGUGUUUGAGGAGGAGGACUUCCAGCCAGCAUUGUAUGGGUAUGGGGUGUGUUCGGAGGUGUCGGAGGUGCGGGCAGGAGGGAUGAUGCGGGAGGUGGAGGAGGAGCUGCAGAGGGCUGUCAAGGCUACGCGAAACAGGCAAGGAGAGCCGUGGGACCCCAAGAUGCAGAAACAACACGAGGACGCAGUGGCGAUGUUCUCCAGGAUACGUUUCAUGCGCCUCUUUUAUGCUGCCCUGGCCGCCAUCAUGAGGAGGGAGCCUGUGUCCAUUCCCGAGGCGGAGAGGUGUCUGGCCUCCUGCAAUGAACUAGUCUGUAUAAUGCAAAACACGAUUGGCCGAGGAUUGAGGCCGAGACACGCCAAAGAUGAGGAGGGGAAUAAAGUGGACUACCCAGUGAUCAUGGGUUUUGAGCCUCUAGUCAACCAGCGCCUUCUGCCACCCACCUUCCCUCGCUACACCCGCCUCAGGACUCGCAAGGAGGCCAUGAACUACCUGGAGGAAAUGGUUGCCCGCCUCCGCCACAUCACCAAGAUCACGCACUGCACCACCUUCCACUCCGCUCUGGAGUUUAUUGAGCACUUCUCUGAGAGCCGCCCGUGUGUGCUGUCUCGGUCCCUGGCGCAAGUCUUGUACCUGGGCGGGGACAAGCUGUGGGGCGGCCAGGCCAUGGCGGAGGCCCUGAGGGAGGCUGCCCGAGGCUUUAUUUGCCCUCCAGCUCUCCUGCCCAAAGCACCUGUAUUAACCAACACCCAGGCCAGAGACUAUGUGGACUCCUUCUUCAACCGGUGCGUUCGUCCCUUUGAGCAGCUGAUCCAAACGUGCGGACACAACAGAGCGCGGCAGAGAGACAAAGUGGCUCACCUUUUAGAAGAGUUUGCCAUGCUGCAGGAUGAGGCAGACAAAGUGGAUGCCUACCUACACAACGUACUGCUGAAGAGUGACCAGCCAAGACCCCAUUUGGCAUACCUGGGCACCUGGGUCCUCUACCACACCCUGAGGCUCAUGAUCAAGUACCUGCUGACGGGCUUCACGUUGGAGCUUUACGCCGUGCACGAAUAUCAUUAUGUCUACUGGUACCUCUAUGAGUUUGUCUAUGUGUGGCUGGUGAGUGCACUGUCCAGAGCCGACGCGAUGUUGCUGGAGCAGGACGAAACAAACCGCAGUGGGAAGAGUGGCCGAUCGUCGAAGAACAAAAACAGAAAUAGGAAGAAGCAUCGACCGUACGGGAAAGAAAUAACCUACAACCAGGCGCUCCAGCAUCUGUGUGGAGGGUACUACAAGGCCAUGAUCGGACUGAGGGAAGCAGGGAAGGUCAAGUUGCCGCUGCAGGAGUUUGACAGCGAGCAGGUCAGAUACGAGCACCGGUUCCUGCCCUUCAGUGUAGUAAUGACGCCUCCUCCGGUGCACUAUGACCAGUUCCUAUCCAUGACGGACCUCUCAAACUUCGCUCAGCCUGUCUCUCCUGCCACACUCUUCCACGAUGCAAGAAAUCACUUUUUCAAAGCUCGCUCCCUCCUGGAGACCAUACACGCCCCAGGCAGUGAGGUGCAACAGCUGCUGAAGGUUGUGAAAACCAACUUUGUGGUCAUGAAGCUCCUGGAAGGCGGCCACAAGGCUGACGACCCCUCACGCCCUCAGUUUGACUUCACGACCCACCCGUGCUUCCCCAUCAUCAAGAUUUAGCAGAAAGUUGUGAGGAAGAGAGUUCCCAAGGAGCUCCUUCCUAUCAAUGAGAGUGAAGAAGGUAGAUAAUCUGGGUUUAAGAUUUAUUACAUGAGGCAUCUAUUUUUGCACAAACCAUAUUUACCACCACUGUAGAAAAGGGGAGCUCUAGUAUCACCUAGAGUCCUAGAUGAAAUGAUUUGUAAAUACCAUAUUUACAUACAUGAAGCACAGUUAGUCUACAGAUUAUGUAAGGCUUUAGAAGCAUAAAUGCCAUUGAUUCCCAUCUGUAGAAACUACUUUCUUAGGUAAAAUUUGAAAUGGGAUGACUUAUAGUACAUGAGGCAAUCGGUAUUAGCUUCAUGACAGAUACACUAUUGCUUCCAGGAUGCUGUUAUUUUUACUGCAUAAUAGCAUCAUGCUUUUCCCACUAUAAUGGAAACAACAGUACCUCAGAUAGCAAUGGGAGAACAAGAAAUACGGAAAUUUUCUCAAACGUAAUCUUCCUAGCGUGAAAAGACACAACCCAUUAUGAUAUCAAAACACUGUACAGGAAGAAAGAGUGGCUUACUGAACACUCAGAGCUAAGAUCACAUGCCUGAGGGGACCAACAGCUGUACAAGGGUUGCCAAACCUACACACUACAGCUCUGCAGCAGGUAAAGCUCAGACAUCUCAGUGCAUCCCAGACCCAUUGUUCUUAGCCAUGAUAUCCUGACUAGGUGCUCUUAUCUGUUAGGGUAAAGCCAGUCAGUAGGCCAAGGGCAGUGAACUGUAGGUGCUGGACAGUCUGCUCUAUAUAAUGCUUGAGCCAAAUGACUGCUGUAGUUGCAGUGCCAUGGAGAUGCAGCCCAAUAAGCCAAUCAGUUGCGGGGAGACCAGAGCAGCGAAAAGACUAGACUAACGGUAUGUGCCCACCACCAGUAAAUAAAGCACCACAGAUAGAGUGUGCUUUCUCUUAUGCCCAGUGUAAUAUGCACCUUGUAUGUAAACCUUGAUGUAUGUGUCACCAGCAUUGUCACCAUCACCUUAUUGUCCAUAGCGAGGGAGGUUCCACGGAUUGACGGAACAAGAGCAGUCAAGGUCAUUGAUCCCCCAGUGAAAUAGUCCACACCGUUAGUUAGCAAGCAAAUAUGUUAUUGGCGCUAUAGACAGAGCAUAAGAAAAUUCCAUGAAGGUGCUUACUAGUCAGAAUACAUGAAUGUGACGUGUACCUUCUUUAUAUAUAACUAAGUACAUCAUGUUAUGGGAUAUGGGAGUGUUUUAUUAAAGCAAGGGAAGUGACAAACAAUACAUGGCAGAAUGUUUGAGUCAGGGCUGCACCUUUUGCAGCUAACUAAAACAAAGCAAAACAAUGUCAUCUCAAACCUUCGGUGGGUUGUGAGGCAUUUAUAUCAGUGUCAAGUGUGAGGUCAUCGCCACCAUUGCCAGGGUGGUGGUGGUGGUGGUGUGGAGUGUUUCACUGGGUCAUCUUAAACCCCUGACUGCUUUCUGAUUUCUGGACUUGAACCUCUCACCAAUCCUGUGUGAGAAAUGGUCAUAGUGGUUAUUAUUUUUUUCAAUAAUUGUAUCACCAGUGUGUCCAUCAUUAUCCGUGACAUAGGGACGAGGAGUAAUUGUCUGUAGCACUGUUUGCUGGAGGCUGAGGUCCAGAGCUCCUGUCUGAGUGGCCACAUGUGAGGCCUGUUUGAUGCCCCAUUCUGUCCAUGCAGGAAGUGUUGCCACUGAUGGCAGGCACUUUGGUAACCAUCACCUUUCUCAUCACCACUAAUUUUUUCUUUUAUAUAUAUAUAUAUAUAUAUAUAUAUAUAUAUAUAUAUAUAUAUAUAUAUAUAUAUAUAUAUAUAUAUAUAUAUAUAUAUAUAUAUAUAUAUAUAUAUAUAUAUAUAUAUAUAUAUAUAUAUGCAGAGAAUGAAAACAACAAUGUAUUAUUGUUUACUGAAUGAACAAAUCCUCCAUUGCCAUCACAUGCUUGAUGUCUGGGAUAAUCCUGUUUGGUGGUGCGUCAGGCAGGCUGUGCCACGCCUCUUCAGGGCAUGACACAUUAAAGAUGAAGGAAAAUGGUAAUUUGAGGAGUCAUGAGACAACCCUUUCAAGGAAAAAAAUCUCCAUGCAUAUUGUAUCAGAAAUCUGCAGUUGAGUGACAUGUACUAAUAUAAAAUAUAGUAAUUUGUGGCCAUUAAGGAAGAAAACUGAAGCCACGCAUGUUCCCUUACAACCUUCCUCUCCACUCUGGAGCAUUACCAGAUCCUUCAGUGCCAUGCGUAACAUAUUGCGUCCGUUCACAACUAGCAUAAGGGAGUUGUUGCAGGCCUGAGCUGAGUGUCAUCCAGUCCACCAGGAACUGGUGCAGGUUUUAUCUAUUGCCUGAAGUUGUCUGGUACAAAUACUGAAGUUUUAUAAUUAUUUAGGAAGCAGAAUAGAAUUUUAUAACGUGAUGCUUCAUUGCUGUUGUACAGUAAACAACUUGUCUAGUUUUAGUUGGCAGUCUUUGUGUAAUGUAGCAUCAUGGUAUUUUAAAGAGUUGAGCAUAAUGUACAUGUAACUGCUGACUACACACUUCAAUACCAGAACCAUAAAUAUUAAGCUGGGAAGCAUGAGAUGAAUCAGAACGUGAUGUCACUACAUAUCACACUUGAUAGAAUGCAUUUAUUACAAAAAUCUUUGUGUGUGUGUGUGUGUGUGUGUGUGUGUGUGUGUGUGUGUGUGUGCUUGCCUGUCUUCUGCUUUCUCAUUGACUUUCUGGGUCCGUGGUGUCUGAGCAGGCCAACUUUGCUAAGUUUAGUAGACCCUCACUAUUCCAGACACACUAUUCUGGAUCUUGGAUAUUCCCGACCAUUGCACUGCUUAGGGACUUGUCCGUGUGUAGGUGAAGGGCUGCUGGCACAAACCUGUGACUCACGGUCCAGGGUGGUGUACAGUCACUGUUCAUGAGCAUGCUGGGAGACGUGUACUUUGUCUGGGUGUGCAGUGAAGACAGGUUUGGUUUUUCCUCAAAUAAUCCAGAGCUUCAAGAAUCAGCUAUACCUAAAAAUGUAGAAAAUAAUCAUGCUGUUUUUCAGUACAUUAUUUUUAACAUGUUGACAAUAGAUUUUUCUGAUGAAAUCAGAGGAACUAAUACAAAGGGCAGCAUUGUGGUCAACAGACAAAACAGUAGCAAAUACUGAUUUGCUAUCUUGUAACUUUUCUCCAAAAUUUUUAGGAAUCUUUACACUUGAAUAGAGAAGUUUCAAAGAUGAUGAUCAUCAGAGGAAAACUAAAACUAAAAGCUGUGCAUUGGUAGUCUGCUUAAGUUAGGAAUGUAGCCCAAUAGUAGUCUAAAACUAGGGCACAGCAAGCAUAUCUAGUGAUGCCCUCUAUAGAUGCAUAAUAAUGUUUGCAGCAUUCAUGUAUAAACAGUCUAUACAUAAAGAAACUUAGGUUGAACCACUAAUGAGGAGCACCCGGAGCUUGAACUUCUUCCAGUACCUGUGUCACUGAUGGUCAAAGCUCCACCUGUUCAGAUGCAACAGGCCCGGCUGGUUGGCUGAGGCAGGGUGGAAGACAAGGACUGAUGUCAAGUGAAUAAUAUAACUUGAAGAGUAAAAGCAGAAAUGCAGAGUUGCAGACUGUUUUGGCAAUAUUCUGUUUUGCCAAAAAAUAGAUAAUAUAAAAAAAUGCAUAGCUGAGUGUUUUGCAUAUGUGUGAACUUAUCAUAUCUUGUGUGAGUCCAGCAGCUUGAAUGGGAAUACAGCUUCUGUGCUCCCUGUAUCAUUACCAAGAUGAAACUUAACAGCCAACCCAGUAAGUUCACUUCUGUCAUCCAGAGCAGUGUUGGUGAAUUGUCCUCACUGCAACCCUGUUUUGUUUUAUGGAAUAUUCUCCCAACUCAUUUGUAAGCCUCCUGACAGUGCCAAUUGCCAUGUGCCUCCUGCCAUCUGGUAUUUGGUCAUCCAUUUCUGGAGAAGUGGUGACCCAAAUAGUAGUCUGUCGCACCCCAGCCCUGGGCCACAGCUCCUACUUUGUUGAACCUUGACUCAGAACAACUUACCUUACUCUGUUGAUGUGCUGUAAUCAAUUUUCAGGGAGGGUCACAAAUGAUAGGCAUACACAAUAGAAUGAGUGACUACCUUUUCAACUUUUAUAUACUCUGCGUCAGAUCUUGGACCCUUAGAAGGCUUGUAAGACAUGCUACAGUUUUGUCAGUGGUGCCGCAGCUGUAGCCAGGAUGUCUUGGUCUCAGGUGACGGUGUCUGAAUGGCCUGGGGAGUGUUGUAUGUUAUGCUACAUUAAUUUGAGCGCAUCUGUUACUCCACCAUUUGUUAUCUCACUGGUUAACAUUUAUAACCCUUUGAAUGCAUUUUAAGACUCUCAGUUCCAGUCUGUUGUGAGUCAUCUUUAUGUCUUGUAUUCUCAAACACUCGGUCACUGUGUUCAUGUUCACUUAUACAUGUCAGUGUUGUUCAUGUUGUUCCUGCCAGUGCACACCUGAUGGGUCCCAGCACCUUGCCUCCUUACACAGUUUGCUGUCACACUUUCCUUUUCAUGAUCUCAUGCUUAUGCAGGAUCAGCCUGAGAUGCAUCAAUUCAUUGACCUGUUCCCUUAUUCAUUUGUUCAGUUUUAUUCAUUGCAUUUACAUUGCUGCUCAUUUGAAAAGCUUGUUCCCAGUUUUAUUUUCAGCAGCAGUUGCUUUUUGAGGCAACAUUUUAUCAGAAGUUUUGUGUUUCAUUGAAGAUUUAUUGAAAUGUAUUUGUCAUUAGUAAUACAUAAAUAACCAUACUGUA